CUUCACUAUCUCUUACACCGUCACAAUAUUGGUUGGUGUUUACUUUUUUUCUAUCCCACAAAGUACCACAAGAAAUAAAGUGUAUAAAUUGAUUAGAAGUGGACGCAUUACUCUUGAAAUUAUCCAGAAGCGAAACAAUGAUUUUUGGAGUGAAAUCCUCUGGACAAAGACUUUUUUUUAUAUAUAAACUCAUCUUUAUUUCCUUACCCAUCUUAAGUAAUAUAAAAAGAUUGAUUUAAUUAAUUUUUAUAAAAAAAAAAAUUAAUGGAGAAAAAAGAGAAGAAGAGAAGACGUGCAAGAGUCCAGAGAUCCUUGUCAGAUGUGGAAAAAAUCCUAGAUCAGAGGUACAUGCAGAAAAAGCUGUUGCAUGUUCUUCAAUCUACAAAUUGCAGCAAAACCUGCUUCAAUGAUCUCAAAAAGCGCAGUGCAGAGAAAUUCAAAGAAGCUUCAACUGUGGUGGCGAAGAAUGUUCAGGAGAAAGUCGUAGAAGUGACUAAAAGCCCAAUUGUGGCGAUUUUAGAUGCCUAUGCGAAGCGUGCAACAGCCGAAGCGGGUAAGGAAGCUUGCAAUUUUGAGCUUCCAAUAAUCCUUAAGGGGCUACAUGAAAUCUAUCCAUUGCCUGAAAUGCAGGAACAGACGCCACUCGAUGUGAGGAACCUUUACUUAUAUCUACACUAUUUGAGUAUGGGUAGGCCACCUCCUCAACUCGAUGAAGGCUCCCAUGUUGUCCUCCGAGAGGCCUAUGAGGAAUUAAUAGAGGAAGUCAAUUCUGAUGCAUCAACAGAAAUUGUUCAGCAAUUGGCUGAUAUGAUAAAGAAUUCACAGUCAGUGGAGAAAGCCCCCAGUGAGGAGGAUCAGGAAAAAGUGCAGAAAAUGCCAGAUUUUAGUGAUUUAGGCUUCAAUUUCUUCAAAUUACCACCGGAAAUGCUCCUAAAAUCCAAAGACAAUUGAGAGAGUUUUCAUUUAUCUUAUUUUCCAAUAGACUUUUACAUUGUUUCUUUGAAUUUAAUUUACAAUUAUUAAUCUUAAAAUCGAACAAUAGAGAUCGAAUAAUUCUUUUACUAA